GGUAUCGCUGGCCACGCCCCCAACUCAAAGUUAACAUUCGCACUUGAGGAUGACUGUAACUAGACGCGCUACUAUAUAAACAUACAUUUUGAAGUGAUGCAAGUACUUUCUGAAGGCUAUGAAGUCGGAGAUCAGGAAAAGAGGACGGAGAGAGAAGGAAUCGGGGAACAGCAGGAUGCAUCCGCAAAUGGCGGUAAUGGACAUGCUGCCCGUGAAAACUGGUCAAACAAGCGUGACUAUGUCCUCUCCUUGAUCGGCUAUGCUGUUGGACUGGGAAAUAUCUGGAGAUUUCCCUACCUGACCUACAAGAAUGGAGGGGGGGCCUUUCUCAUCCCAUACUUCACAAUGCUUCUGGUGACUGGCAUUCCCCUUUUCUUCCUUGAAAGUUCCUUCGGUCAGUUCUGCAGCCAGGGUCCUAUCAAUAUUUGGAGAGCAGUGCCGAUCCUGCAGGGUGUCGGCAUAGGAAUGGUGAUGGUGACUCUCUUAAUAGCUAUUUACUACAACGUCAUCAUUGGCUACAGCCUGUACUACAUGUUUGCCUCCAUGCAGAGCCCUCUUCCAUGGGCCAGCUGCCCUAACUCCACUACCGCCACUACCUGCAGUGACAAGCCUUCCGUAUAUUGUAAUGUCAGUGGUAUGUUGACGGAAUCGGUCACGAAUUGUAAGCCAUCCAACAUAAUCAAGAUGGAUGUCCAGAGCCCGAGCGAGUACUACUGGGACCACGUGGCUCUGGAGCGAUCCAGUGGCCUGGCGCAAACAGGACCAGUAGUUUGGCACCUUGCUCUUUGCCUGUUGUUGAGCACCAUCCUUGCAGGUGCAUCUCUGAUCAAAGGCAUCAAGUCAUCAGGAAAAGUUGUGUAUUUCACGGCCACAUUUCCUUAUGUGGUGAUUUUUAUCCUGCUGAUCAGAGGAUUGACACUAGAGGGAGCUAGAGAUGGGAUUGAGUACUACAUUGGCAAACAAUCCAAUUUGACAAAACUGGCUGAAGCCGAGGUGUGGAAAGACGCAGCAACCCAGAUCUUCUUUUCCCUGUCUAUUGGCUUGGGAGGACUCAUGGCCCUCUCUUCCUAUAACAACUUCCACAACAAUGUGUUCACAGACACAUUAAUUGUGUCGAUUACUAAUGCUGCAACUAGUAUCUUUGCUGGCUUCGCAAUCUUCUCCAUAAUGGGUCAUAUGGCUCACAUCUAUAAAUUACCAGUUUCACAAGUGGUAAAGGAAGGAUUUGGCUUGGCAUUCAUUGCCUAUCCAGGCGCUCUCACUAAGCUCCCUGUCUCACCACUGUGGUCCAUUUUGUUCUUCUUCAUGAUUCUCACUGUCGGUCUGGACUCUCUGUUUGCAGAAAUAGAGGUGAUAUUAACCUCCCUGCAGGAUGCUUUUCCCAAACUCUUCAAAUCCAGGCGAGCCUCACUGACAAUAGUAACAUGUACAUUCAUCUACCUUUUGGGCCUGCCGUGUAUCACAAGAGCUGGAAUCUACUGGGUGACGCUCAUGGACUCGUUUAUCGCCAGCUGGGUUGUUCUAUUUUUGGUUCUCUUAGAGGUCGCUGGUGUUUCCUACAUUUAUGGAUUGGACCGUUUUAUUGACGACAUCCAAAUGAUGAUUGGAGAACAUUCCCCCCGUUUCUGGCUGUGGUGGAGGUUAUGUUGGUUCCUUUUCACCCCCUGCAUCUUACUGGUUAUCUUGGCCUGGUCUCUAUCGACCUUUACAGCCCCCACAUAUGGAGACAUACACUUCCCAACCUGGGGGUUGUCUCUGGGAUGGCUCAUGCUUUUUUUCGUCCUGAUCUGGCUCCCUAUUGCUGCCAUCUAUCAUCUGAGAAAAGUUGAAGGAACCCUCUUAUCUCGACUGAGAUCAGUGUCUGCCCCGUCGAAGGACUGGCAUCCCAUGCUGGACAUGCAUCGAGGAGAGCGCUACCCAAAAGAGGAAUGUGUCCAAAGAGUGGACAUCCCCAAUGAGGAUGACGAGAGCUCCGACCACUUCCUUUAAUGUGUCUGUUCAUCUGUUUAUCGGUUAAUCUGAGUAUGUGUGGCAUGUUUCUCAAUCUAUAGAAUUGCUUUAAAAAAUGAUAACAAAAAAAUGUUUAGCAUGAUUACUUUUAUUUAAAUGCAUUGUGGGACCAAAUAGUGUUUGUAAUCUAAACUUAAACUUACUUGUAGCAUUGUAAAAAAAAAAUCUGAUCAGUUUGAUUGUAUGUUUUGUUUAUUUUAUUAUACCUAACAAGGUGAAAUUUGGCAUUGUCUCAUUGUGACGAUCUUGAUCAGCAACAUUGUAUUGUCAUGUGGAUAAAUGCGCACAAGGCCUAAAUAACAACCAACGUUUUACAGACAAAAAAAAGUGGGUAAAUCAAAACGCACCUGACCACACUAUUUUUACUCCGUAGGGGGCGUGAGGAAUUAUAUGCUACUUUGUUCUGGCGUCUCAAAUAAAAUCCCUGUAAAAGUUUGUGAAUAAUAUGCAAAAAUGUGAAAAAAAAGUUAUUUUUUUAGGGCUGAGGCUUAAAUCCAUUUAGAGCGACUUAGGUGACCCUCCUUGGUUCUCGUCUGACAUACCAUUUGGUUUUAUUAUUCCAUCUAGCUCUGCAGAGGAGAGAAAGAAGGGGUUGAUAUUUGUUUUUUAUUUUCUUUCAUAACCUCUUCUGAGCGGUCAGAUAACCAUUAUCCUGGGAGCCUCAGGGUCUUUUUUAAAGCCUUUGUAUCUGCCACCUAAUUACCUGAGUGAGAAUAUACCUCACUGCUGGCUGCUCUACUCACAAACACACACUCUGCCCGGCUAGGUUUCCUCAUAACAACAGCAGCAUCCUUCCCAGGUUAAACACAAGUUUAGCUGUAUCAGAUAUGAGACAAUUUUACUAUAUUAUCCGAUGUCACCUUCUGUUUAUGUACAUAGUUCUUUGGAGCUUUUUAUGUAUUACACUGUUAUGUUUGUUAGCUAGUAACUCUGUUGUUUACAUGUAAUCGACUGUGCAUGUUUAUAUUUUAAAAUUUCAAUUAAUCUACGAUUUGUGUAAAUGAAUGUGUCAUUUUAUUCUGUAUUUGUACCACUAAUGUUUAAGAUGUCAAUAAAAAGCCAACAUCAGAUGCCUUCAUCAAACUCAGAUAUAAAACAA